AGGAAGAGCCUUUUCCUUUUUAUAAUUUAGUCUUAUAUAUAUGAGCCAAAGGGUAAGUUUCAAAACUUCAGAUAUGAAAUUUAUAUAUUUAAUCUAAAAAUAGUCGUCGCACUCAAUAAAGCCCCCAUCUGCAGCAACCUUUGUGUGGCAAUCGUGUCCAGGUGGUUGUAAUUUCUUGUCCGUAUAGCAUACCUUCGCCAUUACCCUGUUGAGAAUCCAUCGACCCAGAAACAACUACUUGCCUUAAGGCUUGAGGCAAAGAAUCGGGCAUCCCCCUUAACUUGCAAUGGCCUUCUUCUGCACUUUGCUCCCCAAUUCCGUAGAAUCACAGUUUACUACUCCGCAUUUCAUCAAUUCCACAUACACCGCUGAUUUUCUCUUUGACACAAAAAGGAAGCAGUUUAAUAUCGCUUAUUUUGAGAGAAUUUAUAUUGACAAUCGGAAAUGGAUGCUUCUGACAUUAACGGAAGCUUGGUUAGUGAACUCAAAGCAAUGGGAUUUUCUGAGGCUCAAGCCACCAAGGCUCUUUGUUCUUCUGGUUCAAGUCGACAUUAUUGAAACUCCUACUCCUACUUUCGAUUCAGAACAAGCGAAGUUGAAAGCACAAGAGCUAAGGGAGCGAGCACGCAAGAGGAGAGAAGAGGAAGAGAAAAAACUGGAAAAGAAAAGGGAGAAGGAAAGGAUACACGCAGGCAAAGAACUGCUUGCAGCAAAGCGAAUGACACAGGAAAAUGAAACGAGAUGUUUUGAAGCACAGAGGAAGACUGAAAAAGAGGAGGAGAGAAGGGCAACGGAAAGAAUUUGUCAAAAGCUUCAGCAGGACAUGGCCGAAAGGAGGGCUAAGCUUGGUUCGUUUUUGAAUAGCUUUACAUCUUCAAAAUCCGUUAAAACCUCUGAGCAAGAGACAAAGAAUCCUUUGGAAGUUGAGUCUGCUGCAUUAUCUGGUAACUUAGCUACAAAGAAAGAGGUUUUGAUGGAAUGCUUAAGAUCUCUCAGGCGUCAGCACAAGGAGGAGGAUGCAAAAGUGCAACGGGCCUUCAAAACUCUAUUAGUUUAUGUGAGGAACAUUGUUAGCAAUCCUGAUGAAGGAAAGUUCAGGAAGAUCCGGCUUAGUAAUCCAGCUUUCCAGGCUAAAAUUGGGAUUUUCAAAGAAGGCGUGCAGUUUCUAGAACUCUCUGGGUUUGAAAGAGUUGAAAGAGGUGACUUUUUGGUCUUGCACAGAGACAAGGUCGAUAUGAAGAUACUGAGAUCAGCUGGCAGGGUUUUGCACUCUGCCAUUACAAAUCCCUUCUUUGGGCUACUGUCAAAGUAAGGUGGUUUCCCCAGAGAUUAGAGGCUUGAUGCUUGACAAUUAACAUAGCACUAACUUCUAGUUGGAUUUUACUACUACUGUUGGGCUUGAAUUUGUAUAGUAGCCUGAAUCGGAUAUUCUAUUUGUUUUAACUUUAUUUUCUCCUA